AUAUAUAAUAUAUUUAGGAUGGCAUUGGGCAUAGAGAUAUGUGUUGACAGCUUGGCAUCAUGUAUUGAGGCUGUGGAGGGUGGCGCAGUACGCUUGGAGUUGUGCUCUGCAUUGUUCUUGGGUGGACUCACACCAAGUUAUGGACUGAUGAAGAUUGUUCGUGACAAGCUACCAGAUACACCGGUCAAUGUGAUGAUCAGACCAAGGGAAGGUGACUUCCACUAUACACGCGACGAGAUCGAGUUGAUGAAGCACGACAUCACUCAAGCCAAGCAACUAGGUUACCAUGGUGUUGUCUUUGGUGCCCUCACGCCCAUUGGCACCAUCGACAUUGCCACCACAAAGGAGUUGAUCGAACAUGCCAAGCCACUCUCCAUCACCUUUCAUCGUGCUGUUGGUAUGUGCUACCUCUCUCGCUUGCUCACUCAUUCACUGACUGACACAUACUCAAGACAUGUGUAG